AUGGAUUGGGAUAGCGUUGCAGCUGAGGAUGUGAUUGAAGCGCUAAGAGAGGUUGAGUGGUCGACGCGUCCUCGUUCCUUGGCCGAGUUCUUCUCCAGAUUCGCCUUCCCUCGCUCUUUCUCUAAAUGGAUGAGCCGUCUCAAAUGCAAUCUCUACUACUAUAGGACGAAUUACUUCAUCCUGUUGAUUUUCGUUCUAGGUAUUGCACUUAUCACCCGACCUCUUGCCAUUCUUGGUGCUGCUCUCACAGCCUUAAGCUUAGCUUUCCUAAACGACAGCUUUGCAGCAACAUUUAAUGAGAAGACGAUCCGGACUCUUAGGCUUUUCUCACCACAUUUAGCUGCAAAGAUGAGGCCUCCCCACAUGCCGGUCAUUCGUGGGCGAUCUGCAGCUAGAAAGACAGUUUACGUUUGUGGCCAACCACGUUUGGUAUUCGUCUUACUUGGCUUAACCGCGAGUUUUAUCUUGUGGUUUACUUCCUGCGGUUUGUUAUGGGUCCUCUAUGCACUUACCACUGCUCUUUUCACGAUCAUCCUUCACGCCACCCUGAGAACUCCAAACCUCAAGGCACGCUUGAACACAUUCCGUGAAGAGUUCCGAGCUGUCUGGCGUAACUACAGUGAGCUUUAA